ACCUUCUUUCUCUCCCUAAAUUUUCGUUUCAAUCAUCCCAUUCCCAAACAACACCUAACCCAAUUAAUUCCCUUACAAAAUUAAAUUAAAAAUUAAUUAUAAAAAUAAAAUAAUCUGACAUAUCCGAAGAAUAAUAUUCACCAACAUACUAUCUUCCAUUCUAUUUCCGUUUUCCCUUUCUUCUUCUUACACCUUCAUCACUUCUUCCUAUAACUCAAUUUCAUUUUCAAUACCCAAAACAAAAACCCUUUUACUCCAAAAAAAUAAAAAAUACCAAAUUCAUUUCAAACAAAAAUUACAACACAAAUCAUUUCAAACAAAACCCUAAUUCGAUUCUUCCAAUGGCCGCCACAACCACCACCAGCCUAGGCGGACCUACUGGCGGCGGAGACGAUCGAGUUCUCGCAACAGCACAACAGAUCUUAAAAAGCCUUAAAGCUCCAAAAGAAGAUCGUGAAGACAUGCUUUUAAUCUUCUCCACCUUCGAUAAUCGUCUCUCCGGUAUCACUGACCUAAUCAACGGCGACGAUUCAAAAUCCUCCGAUGAUGCCGAUGUUGAUGACGAAGACCUUGACCGUUUCGACGCCGCUGAGAAAGUCAUACUCGUUGACGCUUCAAUCUACACCGAACCGUCGCGUCAAUCGACUUCGCUUUUCGAUCCUCCGAAUGAUCCGGUUGAGUAUUUCACCGCUGUUGAUGAGAUUAUUCAGUGGAUGGAACACUUUACGAUUGCGCCGCCGCAUCAAUCGGCGGGGAAAACCGGUCAGAUCAUUUUGGACCGUGCUGAGAACGCGAUCCAGCUUGCUAUGUCGAGACUUGAAGAUGAGCUUCGUCAUGUGUUGAUUUGUAACACCGUUCCGCCGGAUUCUGUUAGCCGGUGUAGUACUAAUCGGAGGAAUUCGUUAUCUUUCAGUGUGCACGACGGUGUGAUUGAUGAUAAUUCUAGUAGCUUUGGUGAUGUAAGUGAUCCUGGUUCUCAUCGGUUUCAUGAACGUGGUGUUAGUCUUGGAGAUGAUUUGUUUGUUGAUUUGGUUCGGCCGGAAUCGAUUAUGAAUCUGAAAGAUAUUAUUGAUCGUAUGGUUAGGUCUGGUUAUGAGAGGGAGUGUCUUCAGGUUUAUAGUAGUGUUCGUCGUGACGCUUUGGUUGAGUGUUUGGCGAUUCUUGGUGUUGAGAAAAUGAGUAUUGAAGAGGUUCAGAAGGUUGAGUGGAAGAGUUUGGAUGAGAAAAUGAAGAAUUGGGUACAAGCUGUUAAGGCUGUUUUUGGGGUUUUGUUGAGUGGGGAAAAGAGGCUUUGUGAUAGUCUUUUUGGUGAUUUGGAUGAUUUGAAGGAGAUUUGUUUCAAUGAAACUGCUAAAGGAUGUGUUAUGAUGUUGUUGAAUUUUGGUGAAGCUGUUGCAAUUUGUAAGCGGUCACCGGAGAAGUUGUUUAGGAUAUUGGAUAUGUAUGAGGCUUUGAGAGAUCGUUUGCCUGAUUUGGAGGACAUGGUUACGGAUGAAUUUGUGAUCACAGAGGCAAAGGGUGUGCUUAGAGGGCUUGGUGAGGCUACAAAAGGGACAUUUUCUGAAUUUGAGAGUUGCAUUCGGAAUGAGACUUCCAGAAAACCGGUUCUAACAGGGGAUGUUCAUCCUUUGCUUAGGUAUGUUAUGAAUUACCUGAAACUGCUUGUGGAUUAUGGCGAUGCCAUGGAUUCGCUUUUGCAAAUCAGUGAAGAGGCUCUUUACCGGUUUGAAAAUGAUUUGGGUGGUGAUGGUUCCCAGUUAGAGGCCUUGUCCCCUUUAGGACGACAAAUACUGCUGUUGAUGUCUGAACUUGAAUACAAUCUUGACGAAAAAUCAAAACUUUAUGAAGACAGUGCAUUGCAGCAGGUGUUUUUGAUGAACAAUCUUCAUUAUCUAGUGCGCAAAGUGAAGGACUCGGAUCUUAGAGGUCUGUUGGGAGAUGAUUGGGUUCGUAAACGCCGUGGUCAAGUACGACAGUAUGCUACGGCAUACCUCAGAGCCUCUUGGAGCAAGGCCUUGUCUUGUUUGAAGGAUGAAGGUAUUGGAAGCAGCUCUAAUAAUGCAUCAAGGGUGGCUUUGAAGGAGAGGUUCAAGAAUUUCAAUGCAUGUUUUGAAGAAAUAUACAGGGCUCAGACAGCUUGGAAGGUACCUGAUGAUCAGCUUCGUGAAGAGAUGCGGAUAAAUAUAUCAGAGAAGGUGAUUCCUGCAUACCGCUCAUUUAUGGGGAGAUUUAGCGGGCAACUGGAGGGAAGACAUGCAGGCAAAUACAUUAAGUAUAUACCAGAGGAUCUAGAGACUUAUUUAUUAGAUUUAUUUGAAGGAUCCCCUGCUGUAUUGCAUCACAUAAAGAGAAAGAGUUAGAGUACAUAGUAUAUUUAUAAGAUAAGAUGCUCUUGACAGGUGAACUCAUUUUAUCAGGAUUAGUUUAAAAAGUUUUCCCGUGUCAUGCUUAUCUUUUACCUGGAUUAGCUGUUUAUUUUACAGGUUUUAAUGUUAGAAUUGGAUUUUUCUCCUGCGAAUACUGUAAUACCUUUUGUAUAUAGUCAUAAGUCGUCUUGUACAACUUAUAUAUGGUGUUAUCGCUGAACUGUGAUUUUCUUACCCGACAGAUACCGUGUUAUCUGUGCAUAAUGUUUAGCUGAUAAUAAUUGAAGUGAGGAAAUAAGACAGGUUUACUAGAAA